AGUGGCGGGGUGGGCGUGACGUGUAGAAAUCCCGUUUCACGCGGUGCGUCAAAGACUGGCGAUCAGUUGCAGUGUGUGGGGGUCGAAGACCGGAGGACCAGCAAAGCUGGACACGGGAGUCUCAGCUCGGAGCGGAGGAAGGCGCAUUGGAGUCGAUCGGACCGGACUUUGUCAGCAGAACUGUCAGGUGAACUGCACCGGGGGGACAAACGGGUGACUGCACGGCGGCGAUAGUGAUAGAGACAGAGGAGAGGAGAGGACUGACUGGCUGUAGAAACGCAGAGACGAAUAUUUACACCAAAAAGUUCCAUUAAGAAGUGGGAAGGUGACGGGGAUGGGAUUUGAGGGCUGAACGCGCUGUUUGAGGAUGUCGAGCGACCCACCUCCUCCAUAUCCUGGUGGUCCCAGCGCUCCUUUGAUCGAAGAGAAGAAUGGCCAGCCUCCCAAUUUAGGCUCUGCACCACCAAUGGUCACCCAGCCACAUGGGCACCCCAUCCCGCCAGAGUACGGCCCUCCACCCUAUGAGCCGCCCAUGCAGCCGGGAUUCAUACCGCCACACGUCCCAGGAGAAGGAGGAAUGGUGUACCCGCCAAACACGGGUUACUAUGCUCCACCAGGUCAUUUUCCACAACCUAUUCCAGGCCAGUACCCUCCAGGCCCUGGCCCCUACCCAUCUCCUGGCGCCCAUGCCACCACAGUGUUUGUGCCCCAUGGGGCUGCCACCACAGUUACAGUCCUACAGGGGGAGAUGUUCCAGGCGUCGCCAGUCCAGACGGUGUGCCCCCACUGCCAGCAGGCCAUCACCACCAAGAUCACCUAUGACUUAGGCCUCAUGAACACACUCUUCUGUCUCUUCUGCUGCUUUGUCGGGUGUGACCUGGGCUGCUGCCUCAUCCCCUUCAUGAUGGACGACCUCAAAGAUGUGACGCACACCUGCCCCAACUGCAAAGGCUACAUCUACACGUACAAGCGCAUGUGCUAACAGUGGCGCCCUCUAGUGGAAUGUCUUGUCCGAGUAGCCCCCGGGGUAGUCGCGACCUCCGGUUGUCUCUCUCCGUGUUUAAUUGUAGCACCUCUCUGACAAUAGUUGCGCUUUUCUCUAGCUGUCCUGUACUAGUCACGUCAAGUCGCUGUGAACGUCUCCCUGGGAACUCAGCUGGUGGUGAAGUGAAGAGGAAUGACAAAAAGGGCUUCAGGUGUUUGGACAGAGUUUUACCGGGACGUUUUACUAGCGGGCAAGUCUCUCUCUCUCUCUCUCUGUUUUGGUCAUUUUCUUUAAACCCCUCCAAGCGUGUGUGUCACAGUCUCUUUGUAGCAGACGGCUCUUGUUUUCCCAGUCAUGAUUUUCACAUUGGCGUCUCUAAGUGGAAUGAGAGAGGCAUUCUGGGAUCUGCUUUUCUUUAUGCGGGAUAACCUGGGACAGAAUUGAUUUAAAAAAAAAAAAAAAAUGGGGUGUGCAUAGCUUACCUUACGUUUCUUACCCCUCUUGUCAUAUGAAAGGUACCCUCUACCACAACCUUGGCCAACAAAAUUCAGUUUGAUUCUACAGAUCCCCAUAUAGACUUCAUCUGCAGUAAAUCGAAAAUUCUUCUGAGUACCCUUCAGGCAUGAUGGGGUUCAUCUUGAAUGUAGUACCCCCUUUCUAAUUCGUUCAUGCCAGUUUAUGUUUAAGGUGAAUUCCUGAGAUUUUAUUAGAGAUACAGAUCAACCAAAUAGGUUCACGUGUCCUUCUCCAGAUAUCUUCAUUCAUAGAUCGCAGGAGGAUACCAGUUUGGGAUUUUAUUAGAGAUACAGAUAGCCCAAAUAGGUUCACUCGUCCUUUUUCUCUGGGCACUUUUGUUCAUACAUCACAGGAGAAUACCGGUUUGGGAUUUUCUUAGAGGUACAGAUCAUCCAAAUUGGUUCACUCGUCCUUUUUCUCCGGGCACUUUUGUUCAUACAUCGCAGGAGGAUACCGGUUUGCUCACCGGUUUGGGAUUUUCUUAGAGGUACAGAUCAUCCAAAUUGGUUCAGUUGCCAUCCUUCUGCAGCCACUUUCGUUCAUAGAUCGCAGGAGGAUACCGGUUUGCUCACCGGUUUGGGAUUUUCUUAGAGGUACAGAUCAUCCAAAUUGGUUCACUCAUCCUUUUUCUCCAGCCACUUUCAUUCAUAGAUCGCAGGAGGAUACCGGUUUGCUCACCGGUUUGGGAUUUGCUCAUUCUCACCAACGGGGCACCGGGUACAAAACCAAUCACACAUGACAGGCCGUAUAACAAGAGGAAAUCCAGUGUCCAGAGAUUAUUCAAAUUGUCCAGAACUAGUGUCCUUUUGUCUCCUAAUUUCACAUGUACAAUGGAAGGGAUAGGAAUGAGUCCGCUACCAAUAAGGGGCACCCUCCCGUUCAGGGCCCUUUUCCACACUUUCCUAUUUGCUUUCUGUUCAGAAAGUGUGGUGAGCUUGUAACCUCUCUUCUCGUUCUCCGAAACAAUGGUAGACAAGUGAAAUGAGAGCUUCUGUGGUGUCUCUACGUGUUCACAUUCCUACCUUUUGAAGACAAUCAGUGGAAAAAAAUGACUUGUGUCCUGCACAAACCUUAACUGAUGUCUUAACCGAUCUGCCAAAUUGAUAGUUUGUUAGGAUCAAAUCUGCGGAGGGCCUAGAAAGGGAGUUUGAAAGAACGGGGAUGGAAACGUCUGACGUCACCUGUGGUUGGCACCUCAGAUCUGACGAGUACAUCGGGUGGGUUUAAUGUCGGUGCUGAGCCGAGUCCUUUCACCUUUGCUGUCCUACUGACAGAUGGUCAUCUGGGAGUCACAGUCAUCCUUUUCGGUCCCUUAGCAGCUUGACCAGAGAAGAGCCGACCAGUUGGUGUCACUGGUCUGAUAUGGAACUUGUGGAAGAAUUCCGAAUUAACGUGAAACUGUCCUGACAGGCAAAUGUUGGAGUAGAACCGUAAGAGGUUAUUAGACGUAAAAUCUGAAAUAGAAACCCAAAGCCAAAGCAGGAGACAAAAUUUCUGGUCAAAAAAAUACGAGAACGAACGAAACUCGCGAGAAGGUAAAAGGUUUUUGAAAGUGUUUUGGUAUCCGCAGAUCGGAUAAGGGAGAGAGAACAACAACAAACCUGACCUUUUAUCCUGUCGUGCUGAUUACAAACAGGUCACGAACUCAAAGGCCACGCCCCUAGAAAUGUGUGGGGGGGGGGAAUGCUGCCCUAGCGAUGGGUUCUCAAAAUGGCGGUGAACAGGGACCUAAAAUGGUGUCCAGGAGGUUACGUAAAACAAACACACAGGGCACCUUGUGAACCAUUAGGGGAUUCAAGCAAAUAACGGCAGGAGCGGAAUGCUCGGCCUUGAAAGCCCCCACUCGAAGUACGAGACGGGACCAUUCGCUAAACGGCAAAACCAAAUCAAGACACAAACCCUCAAGUGCGAAAUGAAGACAACAAAACUAACCAGAAAUCCAAAAGCACCUUUCAAAAAUUGACACGCCAACGACGCGGAUGGGCUGGUGACGCCGGCCACUCGCAAUAUGGCACCUCUGAUCGGCGGUGGCGGGAGUGGGGGCUCCAGAGGCUUAAGCCCCUGAUCUUUUCUUCUCAGUCAUAUACACUACUGGUCGAACCCUGGGGGCAGAGGAGGAUGAGGAGGGAGGGAGGGAGGUAUACUCACCCCCGAGUUAGCAAAAUGGCACCCCUCUAUGUCCAUAGCAUUGACGAAGGUGGGGGAGGCGGAAGGGUCCGGAGCACAUGCUGCUCGAGCCCCUCUGUGUUCAUAGUGCACUUUCAGUAUUAUUAGACUUUGAAGUCCGGGGAGGUUGGGGUAGCAUUUUGGGGGGGAGUCGUUCUCCGUUGCCCCCUCAUUUUCAUUAGCAUGGAUGUAAUGGAAAGGUGUGUAUCCUCGUUGGGGCGGUGGUAUUAUUAGACUUGGAGGACUGGGGAAGGGAACCCCCCUUUGAGGACUGGGGAAGAGAACCCCCCUUCCCCCACCACCGUGACUAUAAAGUACACACCUUGAAUUACCAGGAGUGGUGCCCCUCAGUGUCCAUCGUGUGGAUGUAAUGGAGAGGUAGAGCACUCGGGCUACUCGACUUACAUAAAUGGCGCCCCCUAACUGUCUGGAGCAUGUGCCCCUCAACUUUUGUAAAUGAUACCCCUCGGGUCUUGAUGCCUUAAGGUGGCCGCUUGUGUCACCGAGUGGAUUGACCGGCUCUGAUCCUAUACCUGGUUAAUAGCAUUGAGCCCCCCAUCAUUAUAUACGGUAAGCCCCUGAUCCGAGUUACACCGUUAUGUGAACGUUCACAAAACAUCAAGGGGGACCACCCCUCACUCUUCAUAAAAAACCAACCCUCCCCAGCUCCUCAAUUUUACAUGCAUGUAAGACAGCACAACAGCCACACCAGGGGUUGGGGGUCAUUAAGACCCCAAAUACCCGCAGAUCCUAUGAACGCCCCACCUCUGACGUCUUACGUAGUGUGAUGCAAGAUGAGCCACUGGAAGACCUGUUUGUCUUUUCCUAAAGUAAGGUUGGCAUGAAAUGUGCCCAACAACUUGUAUCUUCUUGGCCUUCAGAGAUCUUUGUGUUGCCACUGUUGCAUACACCAGGGGGAUCAUCCUGUUUAACUGUCUGGGGGGGGGGAACUGACAGCCCACCCACCACUAAAGGACGUUGCAGGAAGAACAGAAACGGCAUGGAUGUGGUGUGUGGAUGAAAGGCGGUGGGCUAUUCCCCCCCUUAGAACAGUUCCACAGGUCUUAGAUAACCGUAAUCGUGGAAAAUGCGGGUGAGGCACCGAGUGGGUACACGUUCCCCACUUUUGUAUCUCUUGACUUUUGGGGUGAGUGAGGGUCCGCUCAUUUUUAUUCUCUUUCCAAAUUUUUGUCUGGACUCCAGUGUUGUGUCCAG